AUGUUACACGGAGCACCCACAUCGUCAGCGUCAACUGAAGCCACACGCGCCACCACACUGACCGCUACGCUGCAAAAUCCAGAGUGCAAGGCCGUUCUUCUUGCAACAGCACGAAUAAACGUCGCCGAUCGGUACGGAUCACCACAAGCCGUACGCGCGUUGAUCGACCAAUGUUCUGAGGUGUCGAUCAUUUCGGAGACCUUGGCACAACGUCUUCGCCUUCCUCGAGCCUCAACGGGCCUCUCCAUUUUCGGCAUCGGAGGGACUCGCUCGGGAUCCGCUCGUGGCAAGGUCACGCUGCACGUAACGUCAGACGUGACCAACGCCAAACUCAGCGUGGUGGCCUUUGUGCUGCCCCGCAUAUCGCUGCAGCAAGGCUCGGUUUCGCGGGAGGAACGCAGCUGGCCUCAUCUCAACGGACUCCAACUGGCCGAUCCUCGCUUCUUAGACGACGACCCAGCUGAGCUGCUACUGGGAGCCGAGGUCUAUUCCUUGAUCCUCGAGGAAGGCCUCCGCAAGGGUGAAUCAAGGAUGCCGAUCGCUCAGCAAACCAGCCUGGGAUGGAUCCUCUCUGGCGGCUACGACGCAGCAGCAGUCACGGGACAUCGCCGCACCUUCCGGUGCACCGCCGAUCAUGACCUCGCCGACUUCGUUCGACGCUUCUGGGAGCAGGAGAGCGAGCCGAUAACUCGGGCUUCACUCACUCCCGACGAGACCAAGUGCGAGGAACUCUACGUGCGCACCGUCACGCGCACGCCCACCGGGAGAUACAUGCGGAGCGCCUACUGA